GCGCCCACACCCACUCCCACACACACACACACACACUCCUUUCCCCACUGCGUAACAAAACAACACUCUUCUCUCUCUCUCUCUCUCAAUCCUAAAACCCUCUGCUGAGGAAAACCCAACCCGUAAUCAAAUCAAAUCGUCGCCUUUCACCUCCUUCACUUUCUCUCUCUUUCUAUAGAGUUUUUAAGUUCACAUAGGAUUUUUACGCUUUUUUACGUUUUUCACGCUUCACCUUAUCUACCACGAAAGUUUCAUGUUUCGACUUGCACGACUCAAUCGACGGAACACGUUUUCCUCGAUAAAUCUUUUUUUUUCCUCUUUUUCUUUGUCGUUUAGGUUUUGGUAAUUUAUUGUUAGGGUUUUUAUGCGGCGGCGGAGGCGGGGUUUGUUAAAGGUUUAUUAGGAAACUAUGGCCGCGUCGGCGGCGGCUUCGACGGCGUCGCUGGCGAAAUUUUGCUUCAAUUCCAACUGCAAGGAAACUCUAGAGAGGCCGAGGAAAGGUUGGCGUCGCCGGACCGGCGAGUUUGCUGACCUUUGUGAUCGUUGCGCUUCUGCUUAUGAGGAUGGAAAAUUCUGUGAAUCUUUUCAUCUUGAUGCUUCUGGUUGGAGAUGUUGUGAAUCUUGUGGGAAGCAAAUACAUUGUGGAUGUAUUGUCUCUUUCCAUAUGUUUGUCCUACUGGAUGCUGGUGGAAUUGAGUGUAUAACCUGUGCGCGGAAAAGUUUCAUCUUGACGCCAAAUCCAGCUUGGCCUCCGCCUUCAUUGUUCCUUCCUUUACAGCCUGAAAGAAUUAAAGAUAUAUCUGUCAAAAAUUGGAGUCCGAUAGCCGGUUCAGGUCCAGUGCCUUGGCGUCAAGCUCCUAGUUUGUUCAAUGGUUCUGCUAUCCAAUCUGAGUUGCAGCCAAGGGUUCCCACACCAAUUGAAUUUGAUGUAUCAGGUGGGGUUGAUAGGCUCCAGCUUAAUGAAAGAUUAUCUUCCUCUUUGGAGAAGAAAAAAAAGGAGGAAUCUUUUGAAAGGUUCAUGAAUGGGAGCCUGAGGAUUUGUUCUUCAGAAUUUGGGAGUGGCACUUCUGGAGCCAUGGGUAAGGAGCAAUCUUUUCCCUUUUCGAAUGCUUCCCCUCAAACUGGGUACCCAUCAACUUCAGAUUUCAGUGUAGCUACAGCUCCUGCAUUGGAAAAUGGAAGCAACAAUCAUACUAAGGUAUCUGGCACUCUUAUUCAACAGACAACCCAGCCAACACCAUCUGAGAAACGACCUUGUGGUCACAACCCAGCAGAUUCGUCUGAGGGUCAACCACGCAAUGGACGGGCCAGACCAGAGGUACGAGCACGGAGUCAAUUGCUUCCUCGUUAUUGGCCCCGAAUAACUGACCAGGAGUUGCAGCAGAUAUCUGGAGAUUCAAACUCGGUAAUUACACCUUUGUUUGAGAAGAUGCUAAGUGCAAGUGAUGCUGGCCGGAUAGGGCGCUUAGUGCUUCCCAAAAAAUGUGCAGAGGCCUAUUUUCCACCAAUUUCUCAGCCAGAGGGAUUGCCACUGAAAGUACAAGAUUUGAAAGGGAAGGAAUGGGUUUUCCAGUUUCGGUUUUGGCCAAAUAACAAUAGCAGAAUGUAUGUUCUAGAAGGGAUAACUCCUUGUAUACAGUCUAUGCAAUUGCAAGCUGGUGAUGUAGUAACAUUCAGCAGAAUAGAGCCAGAAGGAAAGUUGGUCAUGGGUUGCAGAAAGGCUUCAUGUGCUCCAUCAGAUCAGGGAAAUGAAGCUUCUAAUGCUGGGCAAGGAUAUUCUUCAAACGGGGAUGUUGCGCCUAAGAGUAACAAAGCUGGUGAAAUAACAAAACCUGGUGAACUAGUAUCAACUAAUUCUCGUAUGAAAGGCUACUCAGCAUCAUCCAGUUGUCCAUCACUAAAUCGUGCUGCAGCAAAGUCGGGAAGUACUUGGCCAGAACUUGAUAAACGAGUGCAUGUAGCCAAAGUAGUUGAAGCCAAGCCUGCAGUCCGUAGUAAGCGAAAAAAUAGCACUUUGGGUUUAAAAAGUAAACGCCUUAGGAUUGAAAAUGAGGACAUGUUAGAGCUGAAAGUCACCUGGGAACAAGUUCAAGGAUUGCUCCGCCCACCUCCUAAUAAGGCUCCUAGCGUCUUUGUUAUAGAAGGUUGUGAAAUUGAAGAGUAUGAGCAGGACGCACCAGUUAUUGGAAGACCUACUAUUCCUGGUACUGAUCAUCAAGGCAAAAAGAUUCAGUGGGCUCAGUGUGAAGAAUGUUCUAAGUGGCGCAAAAUACCAGCUGAUGCUCUUCUUCCAUCAAAGUGGACAUGUUCUCAGAACUUGUGGGACCCUGAGAGAUCUCUCUGUUCAACGGUUCAAGAAUUAUCCAUGGAGAAGCUUCAGGACCUAUUACCUGCUAUUAGCAAAACUGCUUCUAAGAAGAUAAGGGCUCCUAAGCAGGAUCCUGACUCAGUUGAGGCUUUGGAAGGGCUUGAUGCACUUGCCAAUCUAGCCAUACAGGAAAAAUCAGGGUCCUUUCAGGCAUCCCAGGCAACAACAAAGCACCCGCGCCAUAAGGCUGGUUGUUCGUGCAUUGUUUGCAUUCAACCGCCAAGUGGAAAAGGACCCAAACAUAAGCAACCAUGUGACUGCAUUGUCUGCAAAUCCUUGAAGCGUCGUCAUAAAACCAUGAUGUUGAAAAAGGAGAAAAAUUUAACAGAGAAAAUUCCAGAAACGAGUGACCAAAUGCUUAACAUGCAAGAGUUGCCUGAACAAGUGCCUAAUGGCCUUGUGAACAAAAGUCCAAAGGAGGAAGUGGUAAGUGAUGAGGGUUGUAUUGACAACCCUGAUGAGAUGUGUUCUGCAUUGCCAUUUAAAGGUCAAAUAGACCUCAAUAUACAGCCAGAAAAGGAGGAAGAGUUGUCGCCUAGUUUUUGUUCUGGUAACAUCCCAAGAUCGAUGCUGGAGACUCGGGAGCGGCAUAACAGGCAGCAGAGGUUAUCAGCUUCUAGUGGUAGAGGAAGUUUAGUUGGCAAUCAGACAUAGCAGGAUGCAGCUGGACGGACAAAUUUCAGUAAUAUUGCUCUUCAUAGCAGUUACAAGAGAACUGAGUGUGACCUGCGUUGGUCUUCAUUGAAAGAGACAGUGGCAUCGUUGUCACCAGCCUGAUGAAGUGUCUUUCCUGCUGCCAUAUAGGGGAGUACCUGAACUACUUUUUUGGUGGAAGAGGCAGGUCUAACUUAGUGUACAUUCAUCUGCUUUUGGAAUUACAUAUUUGUAUAUAAACUGGUAGGAUGUAGUUCUAUCGCUGCAAAAACAAGUGGUACAUUUUUCAGGUAACUAUCUGGAUAUCGUGGCCUUCCUUUGCUCGUCUUUGCUCGGUAUGCACUUGGAGAGGCUGUGGUUGAAGCUGCUCCUUAUGUGGUUAGGAGCUUGCUUUACCGCCCUUAAUGUGAGAACAUACUGCCAGUGUAAUUAAAGCAUGAUUUUUUUUUUUUAAUUGAGUACAGAGCAAUUGCGUUGUUUA